UGCAAUGAUCUAUGAAAGCGAAUGCUCUCUCGAUAUUUCCACAGAUUUCGGAGUUUAAUGCAUUCGGGUUGUCCUCUUUCGCCCAAAAAAGCUAAGAUUGAAGCCGGACAAUUUUCAACUUGGUCCAGAAUGACAAUCGGAGAAACUUCGGCUUCCAGUGCUGAAUGCGACUGCCCCUUCAUCCAACAACCAGGCUCCAUCAUACGGAAAUCAUUGAAUGAUACCAGACAAUAUAGAAUUGUUACUCUCUCAAACUCUCUCAAAGUCUUGCUAAUAUCUGACUUAAAACCAGGAGAAGUGGCAGCAGUUCUUCAAGAUGAAGAAAGUGAGGAUGAGGAGGAGGAAAAUGAUGAAUCUGGCAGUGAAAGAAGUGAAGGGGAAUCUGGAUCAGAGGUUGAAGAUGGGGAUCCUAGUGAUGUAGAAGAAGAAAUUGAAGAGCCUGGUGAUUUUUCAAACCACACCAAACAUAGAGAUAGUGAAAAGCUGUCAGCUGCGGCAUUAUGUAUUGGAGUUGGAAGCUUCUCAGACCCUCCAGAUAUUCCUGGACUAGCACAUUUUCUUGAACACAUGGUAUUUAUGGGCAGUGAAAAAUAUCCAGAUGAAAAUGCAUUUGAUGCAUUUAUAAAGAAGCAUGGUGGAAAUGACAAUGCUUAUACAGACUGUGAGAGGACUGUGUUCUACUUUGAUAUUCAAAGGAAGCAUUUUCGUCAUGCUCUGGACAUAUUUGCUCAGUUCUUUACUUCCCCACUGAUGAAACAGGGUGCUGUUGACAGGGAAAUCAAAGCAGUGGACAGUGAAUUUGACAUGAACCUCAAUUCUGACUCGGCUAGAAAAGAACAGCUUUUAGGCAGUUUGGCCCAGCCAGGUCACCCAAUGGGCAAGUUCAUGUGGGGAAAUUCAAAGUCACUUAAGACAGAUACUGCAGCUCAGGGCAUUGAUAUCUACUCCAGGCUUCAGGAUUUCUACAGAAAGCACUAUUCUGCUCAUGUAAUGACAUUAGCUGUCCAGUCAAAAGAUUCUCUGGACAACCUUGAAGAAUGGGUCACAGAGAUAUUUUCAAAGGUACCAAACAAUAAUUUACCAAAGGACAACUUUGAUCAUUUGAAGGACCCAUUUGAAACUCACAAUUUCAACAAGUUAUACAAAGUUAUUCCUGUGAAAAACUUGGAUCAUUUGGAAAUCACCUGGGCAUUGCCUCCACUAGGAAAGCACUACAGGGCCAAACCAUUGAAUUACAUCAGCUGGCUUUUAGGGCAUGAAGAAAAGGGCAGUAUCAUAUCAUACCUUAAGAAAAAGUUGUGGGCCCUGUCAAUCACAAGUGGCAAUGGAGAUGGUGGGUUUGAGUUCAACAGUACUCACUCCUCAUUUUCUAUUUCCAUUACCCUCACUGAGGAAGGGUUCAUUCAUGUUGCUGAGGUGCUGACAGUUGUGUUUGAUUAUCUGGCAAUGCUUAGAAGAGUAGGACCCUGUUACAGAGGUUUCAAGGAAAUUCAGACUAUUGAAAAUAAUGAUUUCAGGUGGCAAGAACAGUCAGAACCAGUUGAUUAUGUUGAAAAGAUCUGUGAGAAUAUGCAACUUUACCCGCCUGAAGAGUAUCUAACUGGGGACAGUUUGUUGUUUGAGUAUGAACCACAGUUGAUUGAACAGUGCCAAAAUCUUAUGACUCCAGACAGAGCAAACAUAAUGGUGUUCUCAAAAAAGUUUGAAGAGAUGGGAAUAUGUAAUCAAAAAGAAAAAUGGUUUCAAACUGAUCAUUGUGUUGAAGAUGUCCCUGAAGAAUGGAUGCAAGCGUGGAUGAGCCCUGACCUUGGGAAUAAUCCUGAACUGCACUUGCCAAAAGAAAAUGAAUUCAUUGCCACUGACUUCAGUCUGAAGGAACCAGAUAUGACACCUGUGAUGGAGUUCCCUGUAGCAAUUUUAGAUAAUGAGCAAUCUAAAAUAUGGUACAUGAAAGACAUGCAUUUCAAUGUGCCUAAAGCAUACAUAUUCUUCCAUCUGAUAUCUCCUAUUGUUGGACAGACUCCACAGAGCAUGGUUUUGAUGGAUUUGAUGGUGCAGCUACUUCAGCUCAAGUUAGCAGAAGAGAUAUAUUCUGCAGAUCUAGCUCAGUUGAGCUGUGCAGCAAAAGUGCUUGAAAGUGGGCUUGAACUCCAGUUCAGUGGAUUUAACCACAAAUUGCAUGCUCUCUUUCACAAAGUGGUAAAUGCCAUUGCUGACUUCAACCCAUCUGAGGAUUUGUUUUCUACAGUUAAAGAACAGACUAAGAAAAUGUAUUAUAACACUUGCAUCAAACCCAAUCAUGUUGUCAGAGAGAUCCGUUUGGCCAUUCUUCAGGAUAGGUUUUGGCCUAGCACAGACAAGCAUUUUGUGGUGGACAGCUUGACUUAUGACAUGCUGAUGAGUUUUGUUCAACAGUUUAGGACUCAAGUCUUCAUUGAAGGAAUGGUGCAUGGCAACAUGACAGUUCAAGAAGCACUGGACCUUGAAGUGUAUAUGUGUAAACAGCUCAAGUGUACGGCUGUACCAAAAAGCAGCCUUCCAAAGACAAGAGUCCAUCAGCUCCCAGCUAAAACCAGCUACUGUAGAGUGAAAACUUUUAACACCAGUGACUGCAAUUCUGUGGUUACUAAUUAUUACCAAUGUGGACCUGAAAAUCUACGCCUGGCAGCACUUAAUGAACUUGUGAUAAUGCGAAUGGAAGAACCAUGCUUUGACAUUCUAAGAACACGAGAACAGUUAGGCUAUUCUGUGUUUUGCACACAUCGAGAUACAAAUGGAGUUUUGGGGAUGUCUGUCACUGUCUGCACACAGGCAAACAAAUUCAAAACACAGUAUGUGGAUGAGCACAUUGAGAUGUUCUUGAAUGAGUUUGAUGAAAUGCUACAGAAGAUGUCUGAGGAGGAAUUUGAAUCUCUGGUUAAUGCCAUGAUAACAACAAAAAAAUGCGAGGACUCUCACAUGGGGGAGGUAGCAGACCGCAACUGGGGCCAAAUUGUACACCAGCAAUAUAUAUUUGACAGAAGGCAAAAGACAAUUGCAGAGUUAGAGAAGUUAACAUUGCAGGAGUUUAGGAAAUGGCACUACCAGAACACACUGGAGUCAGAAAGAAAAAAACUCAGUGUACAGGUUAUUGGAGAUUGUCAAGAGCAUAGGAGCAUUUCAGGUGGUGGUGUUUGUUCUACAGAAGUAAAGAGUCCCAACACAAUGGAACAGACAGGCAAUUCUUCAGGUUUAUAUACUUCAGAAUUAAAAGAUGUACGCAAUAUGAAAGGUAGCUCUCGGGAGAGUGUUGCACUAAACCCAGAGAUGAGCAGAAGAGUUGCUGAAAGAUGCUCAGAAGCAAGAAAUGGGAAUAAACUAAGGUACCAGAUGGUCUGUUCUGAACAGUGUGAAGAUGGUGUUGUUGAAGUGGCCGAUAUAACAGACUUUAAAGAAAGCCUGCCUUUGUUUCCCAUCUGUAAGCUUCUUUUAUGAUGCUGGGCAUUCUAUCAUAAUUUUCUUUUAACAAAUUCAUAUUUAUGGAUGUUCUGGGAAUGUAAACAAAUCUAAUAAUAAAGGGACAUUUCUUAAUG